AUGAGGUCUUUGAGGCCCCUCUUCCUCAUCCUGACCCUCCUCAGCAGCACAUGUGCAACAGGGCCAAAGGUGACUUUGAAAGUAAAGCUGACGGAGGCUUUCCAGGCCAAGGCCUCCCAGGACUCCAGCUUUCUCGAUGUGCUCCAAAAGAUCUGCCUCCUCCUCCACCUCCCAUCAGGGACCAACAUGACCCUCCAUCACAAAGGGCCAUCACACCAUCUAACCUGCAGAACCUGA